UUCAGUUAUCGAAGCAUCUUCUUCUCUCUCUUCUUGGAUUCAGUGUCCAUUUGAUCUCAUACUUCUUCAGCAUGUACUUCGCUAAGGUAUCCGUUGUUAUGAUGGCCGUUGUUGGCUACGCUUUGGCCACAGGAGGAGGCUAUGGAGGUGGAGCAGGUAGCGGAGGUUACGGAGGUGGAGCUGGUGCCGGUGGAUACGGUGGUGGAGCUGGAGCUGGUGCUGGUGGAUUUGGAGGUGGAGCAGGAGCUGGUGGAUACGGUGGCGGAGCAGGAGCUGGAGCAGGUAGCUAUGGAGGAGGAGCUGGAGCUCGAGGAGGAUACGGAGGUGGAUCAACUGGUGGAUUUGGAGGACAAAACGAAGCUCCCAAACCCUACAAUUUCGAUUACCAAGCUGCUGAUGAACAAGGCAAUGUACACUACCGAAAUGAAGAAGGAGAUGCCAGUGGUAACGUCAAGGGAACAUAUGGAUACACUGAUGCUCAGGGACUCUACCGAGUUGUCGAAUACUACGCUGAUGCCAGCGGAUUCCAUGCCAACAUCAGGACCAACGAACCAGGAACUGACGGCAAAGAAAGCCCCGCUGAUGUCCAACUGACCGCUGAACAGCCACCUGCAGGUAUCCAAGACAGGUACACCCCAGCUGGAGGUGCUGGAUCCUACAGAGGAGGCGCUGGUGCUGGAGGUUACGGAGCUGGUGCUGGAGCCGGAGCUGGAGCAGGAGGCUAUGGAGCAGGAGCUGGAGCAGGUGGAUAUGGAGCAGGAGCUGGAGCUGGAGGUGCUGGAGCCGGAGCAGGAAGUGGAUUCGGAACUGGAGCUGGAGUCGGUGGUGGAGCACGAGGCGGAUUCGCUGGCGGUCGAGGUGGAGCCGGCGGUUACGGAGCUGGUGCUGGAGUAAGAUCUGGAAAAUCUGGAUACUAAACAACAACCUAAACGGAUGAUUUUCGAGUUAUGAACAAAAGGACUUCGAAAAAGUGCCAAAUGGGGAUAUUCAAUUUUAUCGAAGGACUUAACUCUCUUUCAGAAGGAACUUAUUAAAACGUGAAUUGUCUCUGAAUAAAAUUGCUGAUCAGACGAGCUUUAAUAUAUUCACAGCACUGAUGCACUUAUUUCAAAACAAGUACUUCCGUGUAUUGGAUAUUUAAAUAUUUAAGGUGUAUCUUUUUCAUGCUCAAAAUAUAUCCUCUGGGAAGAACAGCAAUUUUGCCAGAGACCAAAAUAUGUUUUUAUUAGAUCACUCUGAUUAGGAGUAGAAUCAAUACGGCAUUUAUAAAAGCUUUAAGGUGAUCGAAAAUGGUAUUUUGUAUACUUGUGUACUGCUGAGUGUGCGUGUGUGUUACCUUUCGUUGCUUGACAAUCAGUCGUUAUAACGGCAUUCAUUGUCAAGCAAUGGAAUGCUUCUUGUGAUAACAGAUCUUAUUUAAGUUUUUCACUUUAUCAUAUUUCAUGUUUGUGUGUUAUCUUCUGAGUAAUAGACAGCGUCACGGGUCUCCUGGAACAAAGAAAGGAGUGAUAUUUCAGUUGGAAUGUCACUUUCUCCUUUGUGUCUUCGCAACUAGCAAAUGUAUAUUUUUCUCAUGUGCUUGUGCAUAACAUAAUGGUUGCCAGUUUUUGUAUGAUCAUU